UUCUAGAAAUCGAAACUAGACUCAGUUUUCUGAAGCAUUUCCUGGGAUCAGUCUGGUCACACCCGACUCGGGGAGGGUUUCCUGGGUUGAGAGACUGGUCCACAGAGGGCCCUGCAGCAGAAAGGUAGGAGCCUGCAGGACUCCCAUCGACAGCUGCCUCCCUCAGGACCGGAGCUUCCAGGCAAGGCCAUGGCCCUCCCUCGGCUCUUCUGGAUGUGGCUGCUGGUCGCAGGGACUCAAGGCGUGAACGACGGUGACAUGCGGCUGGCCGACGGGGGCGCCGCCAACCAGGGCCGCGUGGAGAUCUUCUACAGAGGCCAGUGGGGCACCGUGUGUGACAACUUGUGGGACCUGACCGAUGCCAGCGUCGUGUGCCGGGCCCUGGGGUUCGAGAACGCCACCGAGGCUCUGGGCAGAGCCGCCUUUGGGCAAGGAACGGGCCCGGUCAUGUUGGAUGAGGUCCAGUGCACGGGGACCGAACCCUCACUGGCCGACUGCAGGUCCCUGGGCUGGCUGAAGAGCAACUGCAGGCACGAGAGGGACGCCGGCGUGGUCUGCACCAACGAAACCAGAGGCAGCCACACUCUCGACCUCUCCUGGGAGCUCUCUGCCGCGCUCGGCCAGAUCUUCGACAGCCAGAGCGGCUGUGACCUGUCCCUCCAGGUGCAGGUGGAGGAGGAGGAGGUGCUGGACCUCUGUGCCCACACCCUGAUCCUGACCUCCAACCCCGAGGCCCAGGCCCUGUGGCAGGAGCCGGGCAGCAAAGUCAGCAUGAGCGUGGACGCCGAGUGCACGCCCGUGGUCAGAGACUUCCUCAGGUACUUCUACUCCCGGAGGAUCGACAUCUCCCUGUCGUCGGUCAAGUGCUUCCACAAGCUGGCGUCCGCCUACGGGGCCACGCAGCUGCAGGAAUACUGUGCCAGCCUCUUCGCCAGCCUCCUGCCCCAGGACCCCUCUUUCCGGACGCCCCUGGACCUCUACGCCUACGCACUGGCCACCAAGGACCCCCUGCUGGAGGAGCUCUGCGUGCAGUUCCUGGCCUGGAACUUCGAGGCCCUGACGCAGGCUGAGGCCUGGCCCAGCGUCCCCACAGCCCUGCUCCAGGUGCUCCUCCCCAAGAGCGAGCUGGCUGUGCCCAGCGAGCUGGCCCUGCUGAAGGCCCUGGACGCCUGGAGCCAGGAGCAGCGCACCUCCCGCGAGGAGGUGGAGGGCCUGCUGGAGAUGGUCCGCUUCCCGAUGAUGCGGCCCGAGGACCUCUUUGAGCUGCAGUUCAACCUGUCCCUGUACCGGGCUCACGAGGCCCUGUUCCAGGGGAAGACCCUGCAGGCCCUGGAGUUCCACACCGUGCCCUUCCGGCUGCUGGCCCAGUACAGAGGCCUGAACCUCUCCGAGGACGCGUACAAGCCCCGGAUUUACACCUCGCCCACCUGGAGCGCCUCCGUCACGGCCAACUCCUGGAACUCGUGGCGGUCCCAGCUGGCCUACCAGCCCACACGGGGGCUUCCGUUCGAUUAUUCUUACGGCGCGGUUUACACCCGCGCCUCCUCCAGCUACAGGUAUUCCCCCUACCAGUCCUUCCAGACCCCUCCCCACCCCAGCUUCCUCUUCCAGGACAAGAGCGUGUCCUGGUCCCUGGCCUACCUCCCCACGGUGCAGAGCUGCUGGAACUACGGGUUCUCCUGCUCCUCGGACGAGCUCCCCGCCCUGGGCCUCUCCAAGUCUGGCUACUCAGACCCCACCAUUGGCUACGAAAACAAAGCCCUGGUGCUUUGUGAAGGGCGCUUCGUGGCAGACGUCACUGAUUUCCAGGGCCCCAAGGCCAUGAUCCCCAGUGCCCUGGCCACCAACAGUUCCAGGAGCACCUCCCUCUUCCCCUGCCCAACGGGGUCCUUCAGCAGCUUCCGGGUGGUCAUCCGCCCCUUCUACCUGACCAACUCCACGGGCGCGGACAACACGCCGUGGUAGGGACUGGGCCAGGCACACCCCAGGCCGCGCCACGGGCUGCCCCUCCCCUGCCUCCUUCCUCUCUGCAUCCACCUUCGACAACCGGCCACCAGAUGUCCCCCUGCUUCCCCAAUCUCCCUGAGCUUAAAGAAAUUACUGGAAGGUUUCAGCUGUCGUUCUCCAUUAGUCCUAGUUCUCCCCCUGCCCACUGGGGUCCAGGUUGGGAAGCAGCCAGGCCCGCGCCAGGCCACCGUGGGCUCCCCCGGCCCCUUUCAGCCACCAGCCUCCACUGUCACCGGCCUGAGGUCAUUAAAAUCCCCUUGCAGUUC